CAUUAUUGAGGGCAGAAGAGGGGUCCUUGUAGCCGCUACCGUUAGCUCCGCAGCUAAUCAGCCAUUGGCUACUGUGAGAGCCGGAGCAUCCUUCUAGAAAAACACCUCUGAAACUAAAAGAUACAGACUGCUCGUUUACGGCUAACGUUAAAUCCGACAAAGGCAAUCUCUCUGAAGACAAAGAGUAUAAAGAUGCCUUCAGUGACGGUUGGCAACAAUGCUGUCCAGUCUGCCAUAACAGACAUGGGAAAUGCAAGUAAUACUGAGACCAUGAAACAGAUUCUUGCUGUGAUUGACAAGAAGGUCCGCAACAUGGAAAAGAAAAAGUCCAAGCUGGAUGACUGUCAGGCAAGAAAGAGUAAGGGAGAACAACUGAAUCAGGAUCAGCUGGAUGCCUUGACAAAGUACCAAGAGAUCACCAACAACCUUGACUUUGCUCGAGAAUUGCAGAAAAACUUCCUGGCAUUGGGUCAAGAGAUUCAAAAGGCGCUGAAGAAGACCGCUAGACGAGAGCAGCUGCAGCGGGAAGAGGGCGAACAGCGGCGGCUGAAGACCGUUUUGGAGCUUCAGUUUUUACUGGACCAGUUAGGGGAUGAGAAUGUUCGGCAGGACCUUAAACGGCCCGACGCCACCGGUUCCCCUUUGCUCAGUGACGCUGAUCUCACAUCCCUUGAUGAGUUUUACAAACUGGUUGGACCUGAUAGGAACUAUGACGUCAGGUUGACUGAGCAAUAUGAAGAGGCCUCGGUACACCUGUGGGACUUGCUUGAGGGCCGAGACAAGGCUGUGGCAGGGUCCACGUACAAAUCACUGAAGGACACUCUGGACAAAGUGCUGCUGAGUGGUUACUUUGACAGAGCACAGACUCAUCAGAAUGGGACGUGUGAGGAGGAAGAGGAGCAAGAGGAGCAGACAGUGGUGGCUGAGUCUCAGCCUGUGAAGCCGCCAUCAGAACCUGAAGGAACAGCUACUGAGAAAUACGCAGAGCAAAUUCAAGUGGAAACCACAGAAUUUGUAAACAGACAGUUCAUUCCAGAAACUACGUACAGCAGUACGGACAAAGACCAAGUGGAGGAGUGGACAGUGGAGGCUCAGAUGGUGAAUUCCUUCCAGCACCAGCCUCCUGCUCAGCUGGUUACAGAACCAGCUGUUACUGUGAAUCAUUGCACUCCCCCUCCGCCCGCCGACCCGGUGGUCAGGAAGCAGGUAGUGCAAGACCUCAUGGCCCAGAUGCAAGGGACGUACAACUUCAUGCAGGACUCUAUGUUGGAGUUUGACGGCCAGGCGCUGGACCCAGCCAUCGUGUCGGCCCAGCCCAUGAAGCCUGUGCAGACUGUUGAUCUGCAGCAGAUGGGCUGCCCUGCCACCCUGUCGGAGUCCAGACUUCCUCAAACAAGUGCGGUGCCUGUACCACAGGAAUCCUCACAAGGCUCGAUGUCUCUGUCAUCUGAGCAGUCCCCUGCCCCAUGUUCCCUGUCCUCUGCUUUCCCUCCUGUCUCCAAACCCACCCACACUGGAGGCAUCAAUGUCAACGCUGCCCCCUUCCAGUCAGUGCAAGCGGUAUUUAAUCUGAAUGCACCCGUACCUCCAACCACUGAUGGUCAAGCAGAUCCUCUGAAGCAGCCCAGCCAGUUCCCUGGUGCCUACGGUCAGGGCUUUAGCAGCCCGUCAGAUAGUUCUGUAGACCAGCCCAUCCCCCAGGAGACAUUACAGCCAGUUGUUGGUGGGUUCCAGCCUCAAGACCAGGUCAUGCCCUCAGCAGGAGGCCAUGAAGAGUCCUCUCCAGGCGCAGGGUUCGGCCAGUCGGGCCAGUCCUUCUACAACAGCAGGGCCGUGCCCAGGGGCGGACCCAGGAACAGCCGUGGCAUGAUGAACGGAUACCGGGGCUCCUCUAAUGGAUUCAGAGGGGGAUAUGACGGCUAUCGCCCUCCUUUCUCAAAUGCUCCCAGUGGUUAUGGUCAAACCCAGUAUAACACGUCUCGGGACUAUUCCAAUAACACCUACCAGCGGGAGGGUUAUCAGCAAAACUACAAGCGGGGAGCAGCCCAGGGACCUCGAGGUUUGUCCAGAGGGAAUGCUCAAGCAAUGCGGUCCUAAAGGAAGAUCAGGACCGCCAAGUCACGCCACGUUUAACAUUCAGGAUUUUUGAAUGUGUUCGCCCCAGCUCACUUUUAUAACAAUGUUUCGUUUCUCAUUGGUAAUCUUAUUUUUUUAACUCUCGGCCUACUUAUCAGAGUCAGCCUGCUUUGGUCUGUCUAGAUCCUUUUAAUGUUCUAACACAAAAUGCUGAACUUCACCACAUGUAGGAUUAUCAGCGAGUCUGUGUGAUAUAAAACAACAAAUAGAUAUUCCUGUAAACUUGAAAGAUUUCAUUAAUUUAUUUUUUGUACAAAAUAAAUGCAAAAAAUACCCUGCCACUGUCGAUCUGAUUCCAUGACAAUGAUUUUUUUUUUUUGUGCCCUGUGCUGUCAGCCACUUUUCCCUCGAUCUUAUAAUUUUCAUUAAGGCAUUUUGUUUUUUUUUUGUUUUUUUUACCCCUCUGUCACCUCUCGCGUCAUCACCUCUUUGUACGCUGAUGUUAUUGGUUGAGACUGUUUCAAUAAAGUUGUGUUAUAUUA